ACACAACAAGAAGNUAAGAUCGAUGAGUACUACGGCCUUCUGGCGCCGUGGGAACAGGUCCGCCAACCUCAACAACCCAUCACUCCCUGUAUCGACAACUUAAGCAAAUUGGCUCAAGAAUGCUAUAAAUCGAUACUCAUUAACGAAAGCAAUCCGUCUAAUGAUUUCAUAUCAUUUCAAAACGACUUAUUCAUAAUCAAUGACUCGACGCGACCCGAAGACUUCAUCACAACUGUGGAGAGCGAUAUGGCCUAUCUGUGCGGUGUAGCCAUUCUUCUAUGGCAACAGUUCCUGGCCCUCGUGUACAGUUCUGAGCGCAUCAAUCAGCAUUUGUCCAAGGUGCAUCACUCACAGCGCAUCAAACGCUUCUCCGAAGCAUUCUUCUGCAUCGAGAAGCAGAAGAAACACUUGCAUUCAAUUUGUGAUAACAAUACCACUGUUUUCAAUGAUGUCAGCGAUUCUAUCCGAAAGUCACCAUAUCUGACACUUCUGCCGCCCUGUGAUGUCGAGUGUGUGGCACUCGAUGGCGAUUCCACAACAUUUCCCAUUAUAUACGAAGAGAAGUUUGACUCUGAAGUGCCGCUCAAUAGGAUCUCAACCAUCAGUAAUAUUUACUUUGAAGAAAAUUUUGACAAUUUAUUGCAAUUGAAUGGCGAGUCGACGACAAGCAUAAAGCGAAACAUGAGAGACAAAAUACUCAACAACUUGUCGCGACUUAAUUUCGGCACUUAUGGCCGACUCAAGGAGGAGUACAGCCCUAUCGCCACCAGAGCUUCGAUGACCAACUUAUCGCCGACCAGUGAUCACACGUUAGACACGCCGUCGAGUAAAGCAUCCGCCAAAUCAGUAGUCAAAGAAUCGGUGACUUUAGUUAGUUAUAAGAAUAUCGGCAAUCAUUCGGUGGUGAAGACCAAACCGCACGACUCGACCGAUCCCUCCAACGCUUGUGUGUUGAACAACGAGUCCAUGAUUUCCAACUCGUAUUCGUUAAACAAUAUUAAGUCACAAAUUGGCAAAAGAAUAGUCAACAGCGAAUCAUUGCCUGAUUUAAGUACAAACGAAGUCCUAUUAAACCUCAAGAAGCAGAUACUGUCCCAUCAGACCAGCCGUACGCCGACGCGACCGGUCAGACCUCCGCACCAGUUUCGCGACACCAAAGAUCAGCGCUCGGAACGCAAACCGAGCGAUGAAUUUCGGGGAACAAUGUAUUUCCCGAAACCUCCCAAACAGUUCACAAUCGACGAGAGCGACGAACCCGAGGACCAGAACUCGCAGAUCGAGACCAAAGAGCUAUUAAACGGAACCAAAUAUCCAAUAAAUAAUAAAUUCUCAAAACUAAACAAAAAUAGCGCAAAGAUUUGCGAGGAUUUGAACAUAAAAGAGAGCGAAUACACAAUUAUGGAGCUCUUGAAGUCCAACAAAUGUUUGAUUUGUGGCAAACUUGAGUGCAGCUGUACCGACGACUCCGAGUGUCUGCCGGCGCUCCGGAGGGUGUCUCAGAUCGGCUCCGAUUUGGUGUCGUUCGUGAGGGCAAAAGAGGACUUUCGGCAACAAAUAGCGUCCAAAUCCAACGGUUGGCUUAUUUACAGCGACUUUCCCAGUCUUGCGAGUCGUAUACCAUAUUUUCAAUGCGAUCCCGACUUUCGUGCGUUCAGGUAA